AAAAUGGAGGAAAAGCAAACUUUUCGGAGUGGAUUGUAUUCGCAAGACUUGUGCCUGUUUCACAAUGGGAAUGGCAAUCCAUGAUACGAUAUUCACACGGAUAUAUUUUGAUUACUUUCUUAUUUGACAGGACCACAGAAUAAAACCAAAAUGACGACCUCCAUUGGGGACAAAAUAGAGGACUUCAAGGUGCUGACUCUGCUGGGUAAAGGCUCCUUCGCGUGUGUGUAUCGAGCCAAAUCCAUACGCACCUCUAUGGAGGUCGCCAUCAAGACGAUUGACAAGAAGGCGAUGCAUAAGGCUGGGAUGGUGCAGCGUGUCAUCAAUGAAGUGGAGAUACAAUGUCGCCUCAAACACCCCUCCAUACUCGAGCUGUAUAAUUAUUUCGAGGACAGUAACUACGUGUACCUGGUGUUGGAGAUGUGCCAUAAUGGGGAGAUGAGUCGAUACCUGAAGGAGCGCGAGGAACCCUUUACAGAGGAUGAAGCCCGUCACUUCAUGCACCAGAUCGUGCGUGGGCUCCUGUAUCUCCAUACUCAUGGCAUUCUCCAUCGGGACCUGACUCUCUCCAACCUGUUGCUGACGUCCGGCAUGAGUGUUAAGAUCGGGGACUUCGGCCUCGCUUGCCAGCUCGCUGUGCCAGAGGAGAGUCACUUCACCAUGUGUGGAACACCCAAUUACAUAUCACCAGAGGUGGCUACGCGCAGUGCGCAUGGCCCCCAGGCAGACGUGUGGGCCCUGGGCUGCAUGCUGUAUGCGUUCCUGACGGGCCACCCCCCCUUCCACACCCAGACUGUGACUCGCACCCUGAGCCGUGUGGUCAUGGGUGACUACACGAUGCCCGCACACCUCUCUCCCUCAGCGCAGGACCUGAUUGGUCAGCUACUGAGGAAAGACCCCGCCCAGCGGCCCAGCCUGUCAGCCGUGCUGGAGCACCCCUUCAUGACCGGGGGAGGCGGGCCUAACCGUAGCCUGGCCAACCAGACUCAGGGGGCGGGCUCUGGGGUCUCGAUGGACAGCGGCAUCGCUACUCUCUCCGCCUCCUCUGCCAAUCCACCAACUAGCAGCCGGUUGCACCGCAAGGCCAAGCAUUUGAUUGGUGGACCGGCGCUGCCCAACCGCAUGGCUCCUGUCUCGGCCCAGUCACGCCCCCCACCCCCAGGCGACAGGACAAAUCAGGAGGCUCCGUGGUUGCCCCCGGCGACAGGGGGCCGAUCCUCGAGGGCAGAGAGGAGAGAGGCGGGGUCUGGAGACGGCGGGCAGCCAAUGGGGCGCUUCCUGAGGCGAGCUCACUCCUCCGACAGACACGUCCCCUCAGCUCCCACUGGCCUGCAGAGGUGUCAAUCAGACGAGAUGCUGCCUGCCUUGGGGCGCAGCACCGCUGGUUACCAUGGAUACAGUGACCUCCGACACCCCCCCUCGCCCCCCGUCAAAGACUCCUCUCCCAGCUGUUCUUCCUCUGGACAUGGAGUACUGACGACCGACACAAACGCACACCAGCCCUGGUUUACAGACUCAGGUCUCCACGUGGAUGGCAGUAGCCACAGCAGCAGGGGGGGAUUCUCAGGCCACGGCUCCUGGAGUGAACCCUCUACGCUCACAACACAGAACACACACACGCACUCGCACGCCAAAACACACACGCACUCGCACGCCAAAACACACACGCACUCGCACGCCAAAACACAGCCGCACUCGGAAAUACACCCGCACACACACACCACAUCACACCCCCACACGGGGUCGGAGGGGCGAGAGAAAGCCGUGCAGCCCCCAGCCCCCCCCAAGAGGAGCCUGCCCCCCCUCUCCACCGCACGACUCAAACCCAUACGGCAGAAGACCAAGAACGCAGUGGUGAGCAUCCUGGAUUCUGGAGAGGUGUGUAUGGAGCUUCUGAAGGGAGUCGGCCCUCAAGAGAGAGUUAAAGAAGUACUACGCAUCUCACACGACGGCACCAUGGUGACCAUCUACCAGCCUAAUGAUGGGCGGGGCUUCCCCGUGUUGGACACGCCCCCCAGCCCCCCCGAAGACAUUCUCAUCUGCAGCCUACAGGACCUGCCAGAUAAGUAUGUUAAGAAGUACCUGUACGCCACUAAGUUUGUGGAGCUGGUGAAGUCCAAGAGUCCGAAGGUGACGCUCUACAGCAGCUUUGGCAAGUGCAUGCUGAUGGAGAACACACCAGCUGACAUGGAGGUCUGCUUUUACGACGGUGCUAAGACCCAUCGCAGUGCGGACCUGCUGCGCGUGUGUGAGCCUGGAGGGAAGUCCUAUACGGUGAAGGGAGAGGCGGGACUUAACGGACUCAGCACUGAAGCGCGACGCUAUGCAGAGCUAGCAGAUGAGGGUCAUGACAUGUGUGUGUCUCUGGAAGCCGCCAUCACAGUGGAGGAGGAACGCAGCUCGAAAAACACACACUUCUUUCCCAUCACCAUCGGCAGGAAACCCGCUAGCUCCACCCAGACAGCUCCUUCUCAGGCAGCACAGGUGUGUGUCAGCCCUCCCCAAGGAACACUCAUCACCCCCUCAAUGCUGUCGUUUGGGGGUUCUGAUCUGACUGCGGUGAGUGUUGCAAAGAGCUCCGCCCUGGUGGCCAAGAGGGAGAACGGCAGCAACGCUAAUGCUAAUGCUAACUGUGCUAAGUCCAGCGCGGCUGGCAGCAGUAGCAACUCCACGGCUGGCAAAGUGCUGAAGUCUGUCUUUGUGCCCAACGUAGGCUGGGCCUCACAGUUGACCAGUGGUGAGGUGUGGGUCCAGUUUAAUGAUGGCUCUCAGCUCGUCGUCCAGGCCGGAGUCUCGUGCAUCACAUUCACAUCACCUGACGGACACACAACCAGGUUCCAGGAGAGUGAGCGGUUGCCAGAGUUGGUGAAGGAGAAGUUGCAGUGUCUAUCAUCCAUACUGAGUCUCUUGGCCACGCCCCCUACGCAAUAACACACACACACACACACACACACACACACACACACACACACACACUAGCGGCAGUGUCUUCAUCUACCUGUAUACUCAGUUUACUGGCUACAUCAUUGGAUCAGACACUCGACUGGACAUCAAUCAACCCCCC